AACAGGAAACUGCAUGGAACAUGUAGCAGCACAUUGUACUACAGAUGUCUGAGAGGAGCAGCAGCUUUCAUCACGUUAUCAACCUGUCACGGGGCUUUGCUUAAUAUGCACAUGCAGCAAAGUAAUCAUUCAAUCUGGAGAUGCCCCACAACACUGACACAUCUUUAACAAUCAGUCUGCGUCAUCUUUGACCCGUCACGAGAGAAUCUCCUGGAUCUGAGCACGAUGAACGGGACCAACUGCUCCGACCCGUCUGCAGAGUUCCAGUACCACCUCUUCCCGGCCGUCUACAUCCUGGCGUUGGUCGUGGGCCUGCCUGGGAACGUGGCUGCGUUCUUGGUCUUCAUCAGGACGUCUCCUCGCACGGCCUUCAGCGUCUACAUCAGCAACCUGGCCCUGGCCGACAUCCUCAUCCUGUGCACGCUGCCCCUGCGGAUCCACUACCACCUCCACCGGAACCACUGGGUGUUUGGGGACUUCACCUGCCUGGUCACGGGGACGCUGUACUUCUCCAACAUCUACCUGAGCAUCUGCUUCAUGACGUGCAUCUGUCUGGACCGCUACAUGGCCACGGUCCACCCCCACCCCUACCUGAAGCUGCAGAGCCCCCGGCUCUCCCUGGGGGUGAGCGCGCUGCUCUGGGCCACGGCCGGCGCCGCCGCCCUGGUCUUCAUCCUCAUGGGCCCGCUGGAGAUCGGAGACGCGUCUCUAGGUCACCGGUGCUUCGAGAGCUUUGCCAGGACGGAGUGGGAGAAGCGUCUGGGUCCGUUCAGCAUCGUGAGCCUGCUGUUCUCCCUGGUACCCACCCUGGUGCUGCUGGUGUGCUACACGCUGGUGGCCCGCCGCGUCGCCAGGAUCAAGGUCCGGCAGGCCCGCAAGGCGGUGAGGGUGAUCCACACCAUCCUGCUGAUCACGGCGCUCUGCUUCCUGCCCAACCACGUGGUGUACCUGCUGCACCUGCUGCAGCGGCUGGACGUCAUCCAGAGCUGCUCCGCCCGCCACGCCAUCUACCGGGCCCGGCGGGUCACCAUGGCCCUGGUCACCCUCAACACCUGCCUGGACCCCGUGCUCUACUACAUGACCACCAGCCACUUCCGCUGGGACAGGCUGAAGAGGAGCUGGCUGUGGGGGAUGGUGAACCGGAGCAGAGGGGUGUACAGCAUCACGGGGCAGCGGGAGUGAUGGCCGACCCUGUAAUCCCUCGCUGGAACGCGGUGCAGCUUUUACGUCUCGCUGCUUCACGGAUUUGUAUUGUGCAUCGUGUUCUGCGUUCUGAUUGGCUAAACAGUCUCCCUGCUUCUUCACUUCCUGUGUCAAUAGAGGGUCUGCAUUGACGUCACUUCCCCACUGGACCAGCCCCCUUAAACUGGGCAUACACUGUCCGAUAUUUUAAAUCAUUGAGACUGCCCCAUCUCACACUGCACGACUAGAUUGCUGAGUUCAAAAGUUCACAGUCCACGAUUUAUGUUCUCACACUGUACGAGCCGAUGCUCUGAUGCGACCCGUCUGCUCACACUAUACGAUCAUAAUCCUCCCGUCGGACCUCUGUUACUGGAACUCGAGGCCGGUUUUGGGGCAGGGGUGGGCUGUGCCAACCCAAACGUGUGUCCUGCCCACCUGAUCAAAGUUAUGGGGGAUCCUUUAUUUUUUUAUAAUUUUAUUUUUUUAUAUAUAUAUUAAAAAAAUUCCAAAAUAUCUGUACCGUUUCUGAUUGGGUCGGCACUGCGCAUCAUUUUUAGACACAACAAUGAACGCAUACCGCAAAAGUUGUGUCUCGGCGGAGGGACCGACGUCCCAGCAAAAUGAGAAGAGAAAAAAGAGGUGUUCUGAACAGCAGACAGACACACUAAAGGCUGAUUUAUGGUUCCGCGUUACACCAACGCAGAGCCUACGGCGUAAGGUACGCGGCGACCCGCACAGUACGUGGAAAUGCUGUCUUUUUUUCUGCUAUUAAAACAUGAUUUGUAAUGUGAAUUUGCAACACUUUAAACUACAAAUAAUAGUUUUUGACGUGACAUCAGAGAUUGCGCAUGCUCUCUGUGAAAGGAUGAGUCCAAUCGGGUCGUAGCUGCUUCAACUGUGUGAUUCCUUCACAAGGAGCGACCAGGAUUUCAAACACGCUUGAUUUCCUUGCGACCUCACGAUUUGUGAUCGGGAGCUCGUCGUGAGGUGUUAAUCUCUCGUCGUGAGGUGUUAAUCUCUCGUCGUUACCCCACGUAUACUGCACGAGGCACGAGCAACGAUUGGGUCGAAAUCCUGCCCGAUCAAAACAAAGUCGCACGACUGGAAAAUCGGCUCAAAACGAGCCGACAAUUGCACAGUGUCUGCCCGGCUUUAGAGGCACUGAGUGGCAAAAACAGCUGCAACUAGUGGAGAAGACGGGAUAACAGCUGAUUAUCAGUUUAAAUUAAAGACAGUUGGACUUGACAGUGACCCGUACAGUUACCAAGAACCAGUGGUCCAUGGACAUUAAUAUUUGGUACAGUUACCAAGAACCAGUGGUCCAUGGACAUUAAUAUUUGGUACAGUUACCAAGAACCAGUGGUCCAUGGACAUUAAUAUUUGGUACAGUUACCAAGAACCAGUGGUCCAUGGACAUUAAUAUUUGGUACAGUUACCAAGAACCAGUGGUCCAUGGACAUUAAUAUUUGGUACAGUUACCCCAAGAACCAGUGGUCCAUGGACAUUAAUAUUUGGUACAGUUACCAAGAACCAGUGGUCCAUGGACAUUAAUAUUUGGUACAGUUACCAAGAACCAGUGGUCCAUGGACAUUAAUAUUUGGUACAGUUACCAAGAACCAGUGGUCCAUGGUCCAUUUUAGAUGUUUUCCAGUUGCUCAAACUGAAAGUUUACGCUGACACUCAGUCUUUCUGACACUCAGUCUUUCUGACACUCAGUCUUUCUGACACUCAGUCUUUCUGACACUCAGUCUUUCUGACACUCAGUCUUUCUGACACUCAGUGGGUGUAACCCGCUGUGAAGUCGCAUCUGUGACGUCAUGCACAUUCCCUUAGUAACGUUGGUUGCUUAGCAACAAGCUGAGAACGGCCAAUGAGCUUCAGCAGCAGCUCAAGAACGGGAGCCUUUGAUGAAUCGUUCAUUUCAGUCUCAGAUAUAAUCCAUGGUUUCAUGUCGGUUUAGAAGAAUCUUUUUGCUCAGAAGAAAAAAAGAGUGACAACAACAACCCAUAACUAUGUUCUUCUCUGGAAUAAACACUCCUGCACCGCAGCUUUAGGAGAAAAAGACGCUACAGAGCGAGUCAGGAUGCAGCAGCAUCCGAAGAAACCUUGUAUAAUAAUUGUUAAAAAAAAAAAAAAAAAAGUUGCUACUUCGCAGAUUUCACUUAUCACGGGUUCUUUUUGGAACAUAACCCCCGUGAAAAACAGGGAUUACUGUAUACAUGAACGCUUCAGGAUCGCUGGCUGCACACUUACAGGACUACAAAACCAACCUUUUCUGUCUAAGUGUUUAUUCACAUUGGCUUAUUCAAAAUAAAGAGAUUUACA